UCGUAUUGCCAUAUUCUCAAUUUAAUCCCGUCAGCUUAAUUUUGUUUCUACUAACUCAUCGAGGACAUUGUUGUCCAUUCAUCAAGUUCAUAAUACUAUAUACCUAGAUUUGAACACUUUUAACAGAUCCAAAAUACUGUUUAGUUAGAGUGAGAAAAGCGAGCAAAGAUGAGUUGUGAUGGUGAUGAACACUCAAGGCAAGACUCGACUAGCAAAAUUUUAAGAAUACCUGGUGAAGUUCUCUUUCUCUUUUUAAUUCCAAAAAUGAAGUUCGCGAUUAUCUUAUCCAAAUUCCUUCACAAUAAUCGACGUGGAUCCUAAUUUCGUUCAAAUCAGCCAGCGGAGAAGCAGCAGGAGCUUACGGCGUUAUUGCAGUUCCGAUCUCUCAAAUUGUUCUUGCUUUAGCUUGUGAUAUGUUUGAAUCUCUCUGUUUUGGUCUCUUGAACCUCGUUUUCAUUUUUUGCAACCUCGUUCGGUAUUCCGCCUAAUCGAUGCUUCUUGAAUUCGUACUUACAGUACUUUUAUGUCUUUCUUUCUUUUUUCCACUUUCAGUUUUGAUUUUUAUCUUUUAACAGUCUUGUGCAGUAGAGCUGAGAACGUAAGCAAUUUCGUAGACGCGGAAUCAAUUUUUGGCUCGGAUAGUCGCAUUGUCUACAAACAUUUUGCCACUCUUUACUUUGUCUUUGUAUUUGAUAGUUCUGAAAAUGAGCUAGCCGUGCUUGACUUGAUACAAGUUUUUGGGGAAACGUUGGACAACUGCUUCCAGAAUAUUUACGAGCUUGACAUUGUGUUCAAUUACAGCAAGGUACACACUUUCCUGGAUGAGAUGAUUUCUGGAGGUCAAGUGGUGGAAACAAAUUCAUCAGAAAUUAUGUAGGCAGUUGAAGAGAUUAAGUGCUUUCUCUAUCCUUGCCUCUUUUGCUCGUCUGAAAAAGCAUGUACAUGAUGCCUGUUUUUCCACUUUUGCAUUUUAUUAUAUUCAUAUUAACAAAUGAACCAUAACCAUGAUGUAGGUUAGAAGCUGCCUCAAAUGCUAUCACACUCAUUCCAAAAUCCUAUUAAAAGGAGAUGAAAAUGGAUAUAGCAUGGAUAAGCAUCUAUGCACUUUUGAAGAACUUGGAGAUCUCAGAAUUUGUAAGCUCUUUAUAAAAUCCUAGCAAAAGAUAUAUCUUCCAUCCAAACAAUGUGUACACGGCGCUAGGUUCCUCUUCAAUUACGUAAAUCCAUUUCUCGCUAAUUCUAAUUCUCCAACAAACUCACUUAAGCCCUAAGAUCGACUCGUUUACUCUAAAUUUUUAAACAAAAGAUAUUUCAAAAUGAAAUAAAAUAGAGGCAUCAAAUGUAAAAUGUGCUUUUGAGAACCUGAUAACGAAGAGACAAAGGAGGCUCAAGAGGUAACUGCAUCCAGAUAACUUGAGGGCAAAUGAUGAGAUCUGUGGUCACUGCCGCUCCACCGACGACAUGAAGUCGCUGGAGAACGGAUAUCGAGGGUCAACCUAAAGUUAUGUAAGCUGUUGAGGCCACGUCUGAUCCCAAGUUCAUCCCAGUUAUUCUCCAUCAGCGCAUGCAGAGCUCUCAAGUGACUGCCGGUUCUGAAGCUCCUUCGCCACGUUGCUCAAAUUCUUCUAUAUGAAGUGAGCUCGCACCGGCUUAUUGAUUGGCAACCAGAGAGAGAGAGAGCGAAGGAGAGGGGGAAUUUGAAAAUUGUAUUGGAAAAUAUGUCGAACAGGAAAUGGAGCAAAUGCUUGUUUGGCAUUGGCAUUCUAGCUCAGUGGAGGGAAGCUGAAUCCACAUUUAAAUCUUUUUGAAAAUUAGGCGCUGGCGCUCGAGAUCUAUUGGGUAAAACCCAUUAAAAGCUUGAAGAAGAGAAUAAUUAACAAUUAUUGCUAUAAAUAAUUUAGCAAUCAAGGUGCUCUCAUGAUCUAGUGGUCAAGAACACUGGACUCUGAAUCCGGUUACCCGAGUUCAAAUCUUGGUGGGGCCUUUAAGAAACUCUCAUAUUUGAUUUGUUUUGUUAGAAGGUGUUUUUUAAUCAACUUCUUUUGUUUUUUCUGAUAAAAUUAUCUUCUUUUGUUAGAAGUUAAUACCAUGGUAUAGCUUU